AUUCAAGAAAAAAAUCCCAAUGGUCCUUCCUCCGUACCCCCAAGGCUCCCAACCCUAUUUCCUCUCAGUGCCGAUGAAAUAAUGGAGUUGAGAUUUUGUUCAUAGUUAGGAGAGGAGCAAAAAUUUUGCAAGGUUAUGAUUUCUUUGUUCUAAGAUGGAUUCAGAUCUGGGAGAUGAUGGCAACUCUGGAUCGAUUCUCCCCUUUUUCACUGCCGACUCCUCCUCCGAUGUCGACCGUGGCAAUGCAGUUCUCGUUAGUGUCAUCAACAGUGUGGAGAAGAAGGAUUCAGAUCUGGGAGAUGAUGGCAACUCUGGAUCGAUUCUCCCCUUGUUCAAUCCCUCCCUGCGUUGGCCGUUCACGAUGAGCAGAUUCGGCCAACCUCCAGAUCUCAAGAAGUUCUUCACCUCUAAGGUGGAAGGAGAGGGAAAGGGAAAGAUGAAGAAGAUGAUCUUUUUUCUUCACUGGAGUUAAACUCAUUAAAUAAGUUCAACGGAUGGUCGCCCCUCCAACAAGAAAAGGUAUAAAUAUGGAAACUUCUCUGCCAUUUGAAUCGGAGAAUUUAUGGAGGAAAUUGAGUUUUAAAUUUCCAGAAACCACACGAUUAUAUAGCCAAAGGGAAUACACAGCGCCUAAAAUCAUCCCAAGCGCGGCUAAUGUGGCUACUAAGCUAUUUCUUUGGAAAGCUCCUACUGAGAUGGGAAAUUCCGAUAAAGCUGCUAGUACCAGGUGAACUCAUAGCUUUCUCAUGUUCCAUGAUAAACUAGAUUAAGAAUAACUUUUUCAAUCCUUUUAUGCUUGAUUUUCUUUGCUAUGAGUUUGAGUUUUGUUUCAUUUUCUAAGUUAUGGUUACGGACAAAAUGCUGUACUAGGACAAAGAAGAAAGUCUACCUAUCAAUUUGAUUUUAAAAACUAUUUCCUGUUUUGGUCUUUAUAUUAUUUCUGCUUUAGGUUUCUUCUAGUUUUUCAUGACUGCAGCAUUGAAGGGUCAACUUAGUGAUUUCAAUUGCCUUUUCUCGUUACGCUUCUUGCCUUGCAUUAAUUUUUCUGAUAACAUAUACCCAGCUUCCAAAGGUAUAUGCCUCUUGUCAUUUCUUUUUUUAUUUCUUUUCUGUUGGUCAUGUACAUCUUUAUCUUUAGGUUGACCUGCAUUCUUUUCUUUCAUGAUCUGUUCAAGUAUGGUAAUACCAAAUGUCAUAUACAUCAUCCCUUGCAUGAACCAGUUUAAAAGCAGCAGCUUGGUUAUGUUGGGAAUAUAACAUGCCUACACUAGUUAGGUAAAAAUAUUAUUUUGUUUGAAGAAACUUGUGGAUAGGAUUAACGAUGAAUGUAUGUACUUAAAAUAUUAUGAAUUUAGACCUGAUAAAAAAAGUAACCAAUUAAUAUUUGUUCUGUUCACUAGAUAUCAAUUUCUUAAAAAAUUUAAGUGUUAUCAUCAAGCAAGCUUGAGGCUAAUCUUUUGAAAGAGUUGUAUUAUCAGCAAAAAAAUUGUUGCUCCUAUUAAAAUGUAGUCAUAAACUCAUAAUUUGGUU